GCACAACGUACGAGCGUCCUACGACACACACACAAACAUGGCGGCCUCUGUUUCACCGCUACGCUCCUCCUUCAGGAUUUGUAGCCCGCUAACGUUACACCAUCACUGCUGCCGGGCCAAACUGCGGGUGCACAGAAAAUGCGACAGUCAGAGGAGACACCUUCACCAGUCUGCGAGCAGACAUGCCGCUGUGGUGAUUUCGGGGACCGAGUUGGCUCGUCAGCUCCACAGAGAAAUCCAGCGUGAUGUUGAAGAGUUGGUAGCUCAGGGCAACAUGAGACCCCACCUAGGAGUUGUCUUAGUGGGGGACGACCCAGCCAGUCGCACCUAUGUUAAGAACAAGACCCGGGCAGCCAGCAUCCUGGGUAUCUCCAGUGACACAGUGGUGCGGCCUAGCUCGGUCUCCCAGGAAGAGUUGCUGGAGCUGAUUGACAAGAUGAACCGUGACUGGAGGGUCAGCGGCCUGUUGGUGCAGCUGCCACUUCCUGAGCAUAUCAAUGAGCGAGCAGUAUGUAACGCCAUCGCUCCAGAGAAGGAUGUGGAUGGCUUCCACAUUGUGAACAUCGGUAAGCUGUGUCUGGACCAGAGAUCCAUGGUGCCUGCCACGCCUGCAGCUGUUUGGGAGAUCAUCAAAAGAGCAGGUAUUGAGACGGUGGGGAAGAAUGUGCUGGUUGCUGGCCGCUCUAAAAAUGUUGGAAUGCCCAUCGCUAUGUUGCUGCACACCGAUCGCAAGCAUGAACGCCCCGGGGGUGACGCCACAGUGACCAUUGCCCACAGAUGUACACCGAGGGAGCAGCUGAAGGAGCUAACCAGCCUGGCUGACAUCAUCAUUGCAGCUGCAGGUGUUCCCAGACUGAUCACAGCAGAUAUGGUGAAAGAGGGCGCAGCAGUCAUUGACGUCGGCAUAAACCGCAUCAAGGACCCAAACACGGGAAAACUGCGGCUCAUUGGUGACGUGGACUUUGAGGGAGUGAAGGAGAAGGCAGGUUUCAUCACACCUGUUCCCGGAGGCGUGGGUCCGAUGACAGUCGCCAUGCUGAUGAAGAACACUGUGACCGCUGCCAGAAAUGCACUGAUGCAUUAAACACACACACUGCUUUUACUGAAUGAUAUACAGUGGAUGCAUACGUACUGUACACACACACACAUACAUCCGUAACUUUAUUUACACACACUUAUUUACACAAACAUCAAACACUUUUAUUUGAGCAUCCAUGAGCUCAAGACUCCAUGCCUGCUGGGAAACUUACUUGACAUUUGUUUAUAUUUUGAAUUUGUUCAUUUAUUUAUUUGAAUUAUUUAUUCCAGAGUUCACUUUUUAAGAGUUUAGAUUAAUAUUUUUUCUACUGAAGUUGUUUUGGUUCAUUGCUGAACAGUCCAGAUUCACUGGAAAAAGAAUAUUAAAUGAAAAACAAUGCUGUGCCAGUA